GUAGUUUAUAGCUCAGUUGUCAUUGCGCUCUCGUGUCAUAAAUGAGUCGAUGCAACGUGCCUUUACAUUGUCGUUUACUUUUUAGUCAUUACGGAAAAUCGCGCGACGGUGUUAUUGCUCUCGGAACUUUGAUUAUUGAGUGACGAAAAAAUUUUGAAGCAGUGCUGUUAUUCAUCUCCGACCAGUAGCCGGUGUGUCAUGAAAGUAACGAUCAAAAGCUGGAGAGGUGUCGCCACUUGGCGGUGGGUAGCCAACGACGAUAACUGCGGAAUCUGUCGCAUGCCCUUCGACGCGGCCUGUCCCGACUGCAAAAUACCAGGCGACGACUGUCCACUAGUUUGGGGCCAGUGCUCUCAUUGCUUUCACAUUCACUGUAUCAUGAAGUGGCUGAACUCGCAGCAGACGAGCCUCCUGUGUCCCAUGUGCCGCCAAGAGUGGAAGUUCAAGGAGUAAUUCGACGUUUACCCGUUCGCACUUCCUUGUGUAUACAACAGCAGCAGCGGCAGCAGCAAAAAAAAAAAAAAAAGAAAAGUCGCCGCAUUGCCCCCCCGAGAGAGCCGCGCAGUCUGCUCCGCUACGACUACUUUUACUCGCACAAUUUAUAAAUAGGAAGCAACGGUAAGUGACUUGAAUAAUCGCUCGUUAUAAGGCUAUAUACGAGGAGAAGUGACGAUAAUUUUUCCCGCUGCGUGUUUUUGUCUCGAGCAUCGAGUGACAUUUGUUUCUCUGUUUAUGUCGUUGUUGUACUCUUUGUAUUAUGUAAAAAUAUCCGCGUGAUUCGACGCCGAGGAUCGCUGCGUUGGUAUUUCAAGUAUUGAGGCCAUUUGAUUACGAAAUAUUAUAAUAAAAUUAUCUGAAAAAAUCA